AUGGAGGAAACUCUAUUCGAUGAGAUCCUCCACGAGAUAUUCACAAGACUGCCAUCAUCGCCUCCUUCAUCUUCGUUACAUUCUUUCGAAUCCGUUCCUCUAGUCUCCAAACGAUGGCUUCGUCUCUACAGAGCUUCGAAGACGUCCAUGUCCUUACGAAUCAAUCCUUUCGACAGCUCAGUAAUUACCCUUUUGCCCUCUAUCCUCCACAACUACCCUUCUCUCUCUUCCCUCUCUCUCGUCUGGUUCAUCUUUGACCCCGAAAUCCCGAUCCCAAUUCGCUCGGCUUCCGAUAAAUCGACGGCGGAAUCGAGUCUCAACGAUCGUCUCAUCUCGAUCGUCUCUUCUUGCUGCCUCAAUCUCCGAAACCUCAGUUUCUUGGUCAACCCAGUUUCUCCAUCCUCCUUGCUUCCUCUCUCCACUUCCUUAUCUCUCACUUCUCUCUCUCUCAAAUUGUUGGGACCUGUUUCUUUCUACUGGGUUGCUUCGUUUCCGUCUCUCAAGGAACUAUCGAUCGAUGUUUGCUCAUCAAACUCCUCGAACUCCGGGUCAAACCCGAACCCGGAAGUCGUCGAAUUGGGUUUGGAGUCGGUUUCUUUAACCGGAAUCCAAUCAGACGUUAUCGGAGUUAGCUGGUUAUGGAAGAGAUGCAGAAAGCUGAAGAAGCUGAGUCUCAAAUCAUGUGGAACCAUUGGAGAAACCGAGUUUUUCGGUUUGUGUUUAAAGAAUCUCGAAGAGAUUGAGCUUAGGACAUGUAGGAGUAUAGCUGAUGUGGUUCUGCUGAAAGUUUCAGAGAUUUGUGAAUCUCUUAAGUCUCUGUUGAUCUACGAUGGUGGGAACAAAGAUGGAUUGGUUCAUUUCAUGAACAAUUCAAGAUGCAACGAUACUUUAAAGAAACUGGAUUUGCGUCUACCUAUGGAUUUGACCGACGAGCAUCUCGUCUCUCUCGCUAAGAAUUUCAAAUCUUUAUCUACUAUUAGGCUUACCAGCUGUUACUUUGUGACUGGUCAUAGUCUAAAGGUGUUAGCUUCAAGCUUUAGCUCGAGUCUUGAAGAGCUUUCUCUGCGUAGCUGCGACGCGGUUGAGAGAGAAACGGGUUUGUUGGCGACGUUAGGACAGCAUCUGGGGAGGUUAAGGAAACUGGAGCUGCCGUUUAACGAGUGUUUAUCGGAUAAAGAAGUCGUUUCGAUGUUAGCUUCUUGCAACGGCUUGAUCGAGUUGGAUUUGAGAGGGUGUAAGAGUUUGACAGGUUCAGUGUUGGUUUCUCUGAACAAAAGCUGUGUGAAGCUGAGGAAUUUAGACAUUGUGAGCUGUGGAUUGGUUCAGGGUGAUGAAGUGGAGGCUUUUGUUCUGAAAUCACAAUGCUUGAAGAAGAUUGUGGUUGAAGAGAAGAAGGUUACAGAGGAUGCAAUGAGAUGGGCUUCGAGUAAGUUAAUUGAAGUUGUUGCUGUUGGUUCAGAUCUUCCUUGGUAA